GUGCAGUGUAAAUAAUGGUUGACUCAGGGACGCUCAGGUCACGCCGCUGCCUGCUGGGUCUCGUUGCGCUGGCCGCCUUCAUGUCUUGCAUUAUGUUGGUGCUCCUCUCCGGACCAGUGCUCGCCACGCCGGUCCGCGCGCACGUCCGUGUAGACCUUAUCAGUGCAAUAGACAACACCCACCGCAUGGUCCUAUUCAAAAAAAAUCUUAUUUUACCUUCUCCUCGAGGAAGGAUGUUAGCCACUCGUUCCUGUGAAACUUCAACUUAAAUGUAAAUGCAGGUAAAUUUCUCAAACCUUGAUUAUUUAACACCGAAAAGACGGACGUAAAUUAGUAAAGUGGCCUCUGUUGAAUGCCGGAAAAGGCGGUGCAGAGGUUAUGACCAUUUCUUUGAUCUCCAAGAUAAAAAGUCGACCAAAAAAAAAAAAAAAAAAAACUCGACUGGAUCGGGCGAACGGCGUCUCCUUCCGAAAACGACCAGAGCAUCAUUCUCAAAGAAAAUGAGAGAUAAGACAUACAACCUGAGCUCGGGGCAGGGGCUAAUGCGGCGGGUAGCUGAACUGCAGUUACGCUCUGAACACUUGGACGCGCUGUACCGGCCCAGCAUCGCCAAGAUUGAACACCUGUCACAACGCCUCGACCAACUCGUGUCUGCCGACAACAAACCGUCCUGGAUCGGCUUCGAGGCUCAGCAUGCGGUGCAAAAUGUGAGCGCGAGGAACUCCACCACCACCAUUCCGGCGCUGCAGCUGCCCAGCGCGGCGGACUUCCUGCCGCACCUGUCGGACGGCGCCGCGCUGAGGCCCGCCUUCUGCAUGUGCGGCGCGCGGCGCAGCGGCGUGUCCAUGGUGCUGGGCGUGCCGACGGUGCGCCGAGCGGUGCAGGACUACCUGCUGGGCACACUGGACAGCCUGGUCAGCUCCAUGACCCCCGAGGAGAGCAGGGACGCCCUCAUCGUGGUGUUCGUCGCAGAGACCGACGUGGAGUACGUUAUGCAGUUGGCGGGCGAGAUCCGAGACCGGUUCGGCGACGAGGUUCAGUCCGGCCUCAUCGAGCUCAUCUCUCCGCCGGCCUCGUUCUACCCAGACCCCAGCAGCCUGCGCCUCACGCUGGGUGACUCGGUGGAGAGGGUGCGGUGGCGCUCCAAGCAGAACCUCGACUUUGCGUUCCUCAUGAUGUACGCUCACCCGAGAGGCACGCUCUACGUGCAGCUGGAGGACGACAUCGUGACCAAGAGGGGCUUCAUGUCGACCAUGAAGAAUUUUGCGCUGGAGAAGACUGCGCAGCGCGCACCUUGGUUCGUUCUCGAGUUUUGUCAGUUGGGUUUCAUUGGGAAAAUGUUCAAGUCAGUGGACCUGCCGUUUUUGGUUCAGUUUUUCCUCAUGUUCUACAACGAUAAACCUGUAGACUGGCUGUUGGAUCAUUUUAUUUUCACCAAAGUCUGCACCCCAGAAAAUAAUCCUCGGUGUCAGAAAGCUAAGAAAGAACUUUGGAUACAAUACAAACCUUCACUUUUUCAACAUAUGGGCAAACACUCUUCCCUGCGUGGUAAGAUCCAAAAUCUCAAGGACACUCAGUUUGGGAAGCUGCCACUUUUCUUUCCACACGAUAAUCCCCCUGCCGACGUGGAGUCUGACAUCGCGCCCUAUCAGCAACACACACUUCUUGAAGCAUACAUGGGACGGUCUUACUUCUGGGGACUUUCGCCCCAGCCAGGGAACACACUGACGUUCCGCUUCAAGACACCUGUCUUCAUUAAAAGGUUUUUGUUCAGAAGUGGCAAUGCUGAGCAUCCAUCAGACAAAUUGUUGAAUACUUCAGUAGAAGUUAAGCCACAGGAGAAUCGUUUGGAUCAAGGGCUUGACCUAAAUGGGACUCCUGAUGGGUUCCUAGUUAUUGGUCAAUGUAAUGGCAAUGGAGUAUGUGAAGGCGAUGCUGCUAGUACACUUGGAGCCAUCUCUGUAUUACGCCUUCAUAUUCAUUCCAAAAUUUUGAAGUCCGUGGUUCUUAGCGAGAUUCUUAUUGAGGCCAACAACGGCAGAUGACGUUUUCAUGCACCAGCACCGCCGGCUUAAGGUGUUCCCACACUCUGACUGAAUUAGAUGUGCUUUACGUCACCAAAGGGGCUAAAUCGCCGAUUUAGUGGUGAAGUAAAGUGUGACGAUGCGUGCUAUGUACUCCUCAUCUCUCAAGGGACAAUUAAGAAGUAGUUCAGUACA